GAAUACUAUAGAAACGACACUCCCCCCACCACUUCACUUUUUUUCAUUUUGGCAGCGGACUGAUUGAUGUUGUAAGCAUAGCGGGAGAACAUGAAGUUAUGCACCUUAUCAAAUUAAUUCAGGCAGAACAAAGGAUUUCGGGAGAGUGUCGUUUCUAUAGUAUUCUAUGGUAUCAGUAAAAUCAUGAUAAUGAUUUACACUGAGAUAGAUAAGAAUAUUCUUCCGUAUAUUCUUAUCAUGGUUAAAAUAUUAUCCAUUACAUUUUUUGACGAAAAGAUAAACGUUUUUCGAAAAAAAUUUCUGAAGUAGGUACCUAAAACCUAAUUAUUAGAAUUGAGUUCUUGACAUGACAAUUGACAUUUGACAAAUAUUUUAGCAGUUAUAUCAAUAUUUGUCAAUAAUUAUGUCAUAAUUUAAUAUUAUUAUUAUCUUAUAAUGAGCAAACGCAAGUUGAGUGGACAAAAAACUAUGCUAACACAAUGGUUACAGAAUAAAACUCAUUCAGAAAGGACAGAAGAAAAACGAUCAAAGAUUGAUAAUGACCGUGAGCCACAUUAUAGUGUAAAUUUAAAUGCUCUUUUACUAUCAGAUUUAAAUUCAACUAAUACUUGUAGUAGUACAUCACAAGAGAAGCCUUUAGAUGGAGGACCAAAGGAGAUUGAUAAUGACCACAUCAAAUAUCCUGUAGAAGACAAUAUUUCGACUAAUACUAGUACAUCACAAAACAGACCUUUAGAUGGAGGACCAAAAGUGAUUGAUAAUGCUCACGUCCAACAUCCUGUAGAAGGCAAUAGCACUGAAUUUAGUGAAGAUAUUGGUGAUUAUUUAAAGGAAACUAAUGCAUUCAUAUCAGAUUACAACAAAGCUAAACUAUUAGAGCUGUCCAACUUGCCUGGAAAGGAUUUUGUAUACCCAUUCAGUUUACAUAAAAAGAAAAAUAAAGAAGGAAAGAGGUAUCUAAACAGAUCAUAUUUUGAAAAAUAUAAUUGGCUAAUGUAUUCUAAUAAAAAAAGAGGGUUAUUUUGCAAGUAUUGUGUAUUUAUCUGCUUGUAUGAUUUGAAUGUUUGCUACAUGCUUGCUUAUUCUGUAGAUUAAAAACUUGGUUGCGCUCAAAAAUGGGACAAAAUCGGCUAUGUGGAUUAGCAUUAUUGAAUAUACACACCGAUCUCUUAUUGUAGAAAAUGACAGAUGUAAUAAAUUCAUUA